AUGUCUGCUCCAUCAGCCACUGUGUAUUUUUCUUCCUCGAGCCAUCGGAUGAGCAGCGACGGAAAGCCGGCAACAUUCCAGCCGCCUCCAAAGCCCGUCAUCAUCGACAGGCAGCAGCAGAGAGAGGAGAGGAGGUUCUUGAGCCCUGAAUUUAUACCUCCCAGAGGGAGAACAGAUCCUCUGAAAUUCUAUAUAGAAAGAAAGGAUAUGAUACAGAGACGGAAAGUCUUCAACAUCCCGGAGUUCUAUGUUGGCAGUGUACUCGCCGUUACCACUGCAGACCCAUACGCCAGUGAGAAAACCAACCGGUUCGUAGGCAUCUGCAUUCAAAGAGGAGGAAAAGGACUUGGCGCUACCUUUGUCCUUCGGAAUGUUAUCGAAGACCAAGGUGUUGAAGUAUGCUAUGAACUGUACAGUCCUCGAAUCCAGGCGAUCGAGGUUCUGAAGUUAGAAAAGAGGCUGGAUGACAACCUGAUGUACCUGCGAGACGCCCUCCCCGAAUAUAGCACUUUUGAUGUGAAUAUGAAACCUGUGUCUCGUUUAGACCAUGAAGAAAUUCCUUUGAACAAGCUGCAAGUCCGAAUGAAACCUAAGCCAUGGUCAAAACGGUGGGAAAGGCCAAAAUACAAUAUAAAAGGAAUAAAGUUUGAGCUACCUGAAAAAAAAAUGAAAGAAGCACAGAAGUGGAGCCAGCCGUGGCUGGAGUUUGACAUGCUGCGAGAAUAUGACACCUCAAAAAUAGAGGAAAAAAUUUGGAAGGAAGUGAGUGAAGAGCUUAAAAAAUAA